AUGUUAACGCAGCAACAACAACAACAAAAACAGUCAACAAGAUACCCAAAUCAUUAUUAUAUUAAUAGACCACCUUUUGGAGACGAUGUUGUAAAGCUUAGUUGUGAAUGUGCCAGAGCAUUCCACUUGACAGAGCUCUACUUCUGUACAACAUGUCAGAAGUUAAACUGUCGAUACUGCUACAAAGACUACAUCGACUGUUACUUCUGUCCCAACUGUCUAGAUCAUGUAUCAUUAGCUGAGGCAAACCUCUACGGUAACAGAUGCAAGAAGUGUUAUGAUUGUCCAAACUGCUUUAGUACUCUUAGUUAUCAACAACAGGUGGUUCAACAACAACAGCAGGGUACAUCGACUACAACAGCAACAGCAACAACAGAGUCAUACUUUUUGAAUUGCUCAUCUUGCAAGUGGAACUCAUUGGACUCACAGGCCAAUAUUGAUGUUCAGAUUGGUCGCGUGACAAAGGAGAUCACGCCACAACAGACAGAGUACAAUAGGAUACUGGAGACAUUGCAGAAGGAGAUGGCCGAGUCUGGCUCGGCCUCGACCAAGGACACACGAUCAGUGAACCGUCUGCGAAUGGCCAUGAAGCAGUUCUUGAAUCCACAGAUGCAGAUGGGCUCAUCGAUGGGCACACAGUCAUCGGCCGCUUCGGCACUGUCACAAGCCGCGGCUAGGGAGGAGCGCUGGGGCGCUAAUCGCUCAGUGGCCGCACCACAACCCGCCAACCCAAUGCUGCCGCCCGGCAUCGGCCUGCUCAACAAGAGCGCUCUAAAGAAGAAGAUGGUUGCAGUCACUACCAACGACACGGAGCAGAUGAUGCAGCAGCGUAUUGACUCGCGUCACUUCCACGAGGUCGACCCUAGCGCUGCGGCGGCAGAUCAACAGCACGACGCGAUACCCUCGGCACUGCUCACAAUGACCGACUGCUCUCAGAUGAGCAACUUGGAGCAGCGCUUCGUCGUGCUGAACACACAGAGCAACCUCAUCAGCGAGCUGGCGCCACAGCACAAGCUGCUGCUGACGCGUCGAUCCAAGCGUUGCUGUCGCUGCGACAAGCUGCUAGUCAAGCUGGACAUCAACAAGACGGAGCUCAAGCGACAACACUUUGCAUUCUCAUUCGUGCCUCGCGUCAGCAUCGUGCGCGCUGUAUGGCGUGCUCAAGACAUCUUUGACGUGCACCUGUGUUUCACGAACCCUCUGCACUCAUACCUCUACAUCUCAUUUCCACACGAAUAUGACUCCAGUGUCAUCUCGGUCGAUGACAACUCACAAGCCAUCGAUUAUGUCGACCAAACCUACAUCAGUGGCGUGCUGGACGAUGACAAAGACGUGGCAGCACUCGAGCAACUCAAAGAGAAUGAGACACUGCGAUAUGUCACCGACAGGAAGGACAACAAGGUCACUCUUAGGUUCAUGGUUAGAGUUGGAUCGCUGCCAGCACCAUCCACACCUGCAGCUACCUCAACAUCAUCUGACGACAACAACAACAAUGAGACAGAGACUGCGACAACCACGACAACAACAUCCACCAUUGUUGUACCAUCAACUGAACCAUUGGUUGAACAGCUUUCACAGCCAUCUACACCAUCCUCCAAGUCAGACCUGCCCAGUUCAGUUCCUCCUUUGACAACAUCAAAUGCCAACAGCUCAUUGAUCAUGGACAGUCAAUCACCUCGAGCGACCGAGGGCGAUGCUUCGAAUCCACCAUCGACACCAACCAAGCAGCAACAGCCUCGUGAUGCUGUUCCAAUGACUCCAGCGACACCCUCCACAGCGUCCACACUCUUCCCUCAGAAGUCCUCCAUCAAAAUACUAUUCGACAUUCCAUCCUCUGUAUUCGAUAACACUUUGGCGGUGACAGCCAAGACGACCUCCUCCAUCGACAACAGCGCUGUUGAAGUUGUCCAACAAUAA